UUUCUUAUUCCUGCUGCCUCCUCCAACGCGUCCUCAUCCAAUCCAGUGGGACCCAGCCGGGCCAAAAGGACACUAGAAUGGCAGUCCGGACCGUGGUGGGUUUGUCUUCCAGCUGUUGACCAAGACAGUCUUUCAAUAGCCUCAUCUGUUAAAUGAAGGCAUUGCGAGCACCCCCUCCACGCCUAACAUUCUGGUAUGAGGUGCCUGCCUCCCAGGCAUUUCAGCCUUCACAUACAGUUAGACCAACUUGAAACCGAAUUCUGCCUUGUCUGUUUAUUGCUGUGGGAUUUUUGAGAACCUCUCUCUAGACACCAGUUGCUUCUCCUCUCCACCUGUGAACUUCCUCCAAGAAUUGCCAAGCUACCGGUCCAUUGCACGCAGGAGAACGACUGUCCAUUCCCGGGACAAGCAAAGCGGCACUUUGCUAAAGUCAACCGACUCUUACAGCUCCCAGCUGGAGGACAGAAUCGCUGAAAACCUCAGCAGCCAAUCCCUUCGAAAUUAUGCACUGAACAUCUCUGAGAAGCGGAGACUAAGGGACAUUCAGGAGACACAAAUGAAGUAUCUCUCUGAGUGGGACCAGUGGAAGCGGUAUAGCAGCAAGUCUUGGAAGAGGUUCCUGGAGAAGGCUCGAGAGAUGACGACCCACCUGGAGCUGUGGCGGGAGGACAUUCGCAGCAUAGAAGGGAAAUUUGGCACUGGGAUUCAGUCCUAUUUCUCCUUCUUGAGAUUCCUGGUGUUGCUGAAUUUGGUGAUAUUUCUGAUCAUCUUUAUGCUGGUUUUGCUCCCAAUCUUACUCACGAAAUACAAGAUCACCAACAGCAGCUUCGUGCUCAUUCCUUUCAAAGACACGGAUAUACAAUGUACAGUCUAUCCAGUAAGCAGUUCUGGACUCAUUUACUUUUACAGUUAUAUCAUAGACUUGCUUUCUGGCACUGGUUUCCUGGAGGAGACUAGCCUCUUUUACGGACAUUACACCAUUGAUGGGGUGAAAUUUCAGAACUUCACCUAUGAUCUGCCCCUGGCGUAUUUGAUAAGCACAAUUGCCUACCUGGCCCUGAGCCUUCUUUGGAUCGUGAAAAGGUCGGUGGAAGGAUUCAAAAUCAACCUGAUUCGGAGUGAGGAGCACUUUCAGAGUUACUGCAACAAGAUCUUUGCUGGCUGGGACUUCUGCAUCACUAACCGCAGCAUGGCGGAUCUGAAGCACAGCAGCUUGCGGUAUGAGCUCCGAGCAGACCUGGAGGAAGAAAGAAUACGGCAGAAAAUAGCAGAAAGGACCUCAGAAGAAACAAUACGCAUUUACUCUUUGAGACUGUUUUUGAACUGUAUUGUUCUGGCUGUUUUAGGGGCAUGCUUUUACGCAAUAUAUGUAGCAACUGUCUUCUCUCAAGAGCACAUGAAAAAGGAAAUUGACAAGAUGGUUUUUGGAGAGAACCUCUUGAUAUUGUAUCUACCGUCUAUUGUGAUCACGCUGGCCAAUUUUAUCACCCCAAUGAUCUUUGCCAAGAUCAUCCGCUAUGAGGAUUAUUCCCCAGGCUUUGAGAUCCGGCUGACAAUCCUUAGGUGUGUCUUUAUGCGGCUGGCCACCAUAUGUGUCCUGGUGUUCACGCUGGGCUCUAAGAUCACAUCCUGUGAUGAUGACACAUGCGACCUCUGUGGCUACAACCAGAAACUCUACCCGUGCUGGGAGACCCAAGUUGGGCAGGAAAUGUACAAGUUGAUGAUCUUCGACUUCAUCAUCAUCUUGGCUGUGACACUCUUCGUGGAUUUUCCUAGAAAGCUCCUGGUGACCUACUGUUCCUCUUGGAAGCUGAUUCAGUGCUGGGGGCAGCAGGAGUUUGCCAUUCCUGAUAACGUCCUGGGGAUAGUUUAUGGGCAAACCAUCUGCUGGAUCGGAGCCUUUUUCUCACCCCUUCUCCCUGCAAUUGCAACCUUGAAAUUCAUUAUCAUCUUCUAUGUGAAAGAGUGGAGUCUGCUUUACACCUGCAGACCCUCCCCCAGGCCGUUCAGAGCAUCCAAUUCUAAUUUCUUCUUCCUGUUGGUGUUGUUGAUCGGGCUGUGUUUGGCAAUCAUACCUCUGACAAUCAGCAUAUCACGCAUCCCUUCCUCGAAAGCCUGUGGGCCGUUCACCAACUUCAACACCACCUGGGAGGUCAUCCCCAAGACGGUGAGCACCUUCCCCAGCUCGCUGCAGUCCUUCAUCCACGGUGUCACUUCUGAAGCCUUUGCAGUUCCUUUCUUCAUGAUUAUUUGCCUCAUCAUGUUUUACUUCAUUGCCUUAGCUGGAGCACACAAACGGGUGGUCAUCCAGCUCCGAGAGCAGUUAUCCCUGGAAAGUCGUGACAAGCGCUACCUAAUCCAGAAACUAACAGAAGCCCAAAGGGACACGAGGCACUAACUAGACUGAGUGUGACGAUGGCGCUGCCUGUUGCUUCUAAGCUGACCUAGUGAUUCUGCUGAGCCUACAGAGUCUACCUGGGUUUUGAGUGGACAUUUAAAAAUAUAUUUUUCUGGAGUUUAGGCUUUUCCAUACGUGCAGCUGUGUUUACCUAACCCAGCCCUUAAUUAGGGCUUUAGUGACUUAGAAAAGCAGGGGAAACCCAAGCCUUUGCCUGUGGACCAGCGACUCUGUGACGACUCUACCAAAAACCAACAAGCCGUUUCAGCUUUUACAAGAGUGAAAGAGCGGGGACGGUAGUUUAGUAUUUGAGCCAUGAGUUUAUGUGCUCAAGUGUUUUGGGAUGUGGACUGAAGCUCAGCCUGUCAAUCAGACCAGUCCAUGAAUAUGUAACAAACAGAACUGGAGGCUGGUUUCUUAAACACACAAAUCCACAUUUUUAAGGGUUGUUUGUUUUCCUGUGCUUACAAUUUUUAAUGCACGUGCCUUUAUUUCACAAAACAUGUGGCUGGGCGCAGUGGCUCACGCCUGUUAUCCCAGCACUUUGGGAGGCUGAGGUGGGCAGAUCACCUGAGGUGGGGAGUUCAAGACCAGUCUGACCAACAUGGAGAAAUCCCAUCUCCACUAAAAUACAAAAUUAGCCGGGCAUGGUGGCGCAUGCCUAUAAUGUCAGCUGCUCGGGAGGCUGAGGCAGGAGAAUUGCUUGAACCCAGGAGGCAGAGUUUGCAGUGACCCGAGAUCGCACUGUUGCACUCCAGCCUGGGCAACAAGAGCAAAACUCUGUCUAAAAAAAAAACAAACAUAGAAUAUCUCUUAAGAUUAUGGUAAAAACCAUAUGCAAUAAAUACCUCAUGGUAAGCUUACCCAAAAUGGAUAGGUGUGAACCUUUUAACAGAAAAACAAGUUUAAGUUAUUGUUUCAUGUAAUCAGUUUUCAUUUUAAUAUCUUUGAAAUAUUUUUCAAAGCACUGUAGUUUUGUAAUGAACUUUUCAAGCCUUCCUUCCAUUGUUUUUCUUCCUUUCACUGGCUCCACACAUUUCCUGGGGAGUAGCCUGGAAUUUAAAGUUGGGUGCAGGUUUUAGAAAGCUGUUGCUGUUAACAGUAAUUCUCCCCACCAUCUCCACUCCACUGCUCAAACAUGACUGACUCCUGGCUCAGAGGAGCAAAGAUGUCUUCUCGUCCCUUUCCUACAGCCAUUUUCUUGCUUUUCCACAAAGGUAUUAUUGAAAGUGGGAUAUUUUCGUAACUGGGAGACCAAUGAGCUUUUCUGUCUUUUCCUGACUUGUUAAGGUUUAUGGGUUUCUAAAUCUAAUAACUAUGGCCAUACCACCCUGAACACACCCGAUCUCAUCUAAAUCUAAUAACUGGUGUCAUGGAAUUUUGAGUAAUCAAAGAUUCACUCCAGUCUCACUUAAAAACAUAAAUUCUGCUGGGCACAGUGACUCAUGCCUGUAAUCCCAGCACUUUGGGAGGCCAAGGCAGACAGAUCACUUGAAGUCAGAAGUUUGAGACCAGCCUGGUCAACGUGGCAAGACCCUGUCUCUACUAAAAAGUACAAAAAUUAGCCAGGCGUGGUGGCGUGUGCCUGUAAUCCUAGCUACUUGGGAGACUGAGGCAUGAGAAUCACUUGAACCUCGGAGGUAGAGGCUGCAAUGAGCCAGAUCAUGCCACCGUACUCCAGCCUGGGUGACAGAGGGAGAGCCUAUCUCAAAAAAAAAGAACAAAAAAACAAAAAAAAUAGGUGAAAAGAAAAAAAAACAAAUUGUAAUUGUAAACAUUUCUGCCCAGUGCCUUUAUAUUAAUAUAUAUAACAUUUUCACUGUGACCAGGCUUGAUGAUAUUCAGGUUUUCUAUUUGUGUGUGUGUGUGAUGAACAAAAAUGUACUGCCUUUUUUCCCUGUUAUAAAAGUGAUACUGAAAUAUGCUGAUAUAAUUUUAGUUAAAUGCUGCUAAUACGCAUACCUCUUACUUGAAGGUUUUUAUAUGUUUUGAUAACUUUAAUAACUUCAGGUGAUGUCUGUAUAAUUUUUAAAGUGCAGCUCUCUCUAACAAACGUGCCUUACAACUCCUGAUUAAAUGGUGUCUUGA